AUGCAGGGUCGGAAGGGAUUCGGGUAUGGGUGGAACAGCAUGGGGGAUGACGCCUCCUCUUCUUGCAAGGAGGAAGGAGAUGGAGUUCAAUGCGCACACCAGACGGCUACCUCAGCAGUUCCCAAGGAGGAGCCUGCUGACGCUGGACAUGAGACUGAGGCGCGCAGAGCAGUGGCGCGAGAAAGGAGCGGUAUUCGCCAUGAGAAUUUCCAGUUGGCGAGGAUUAACAAGGUCGGGCAGGUUCGCAGGGAAGGCGAGGAAUGGAAGAAACAGCCAGUUCCCAUCCUUCUCCUCAAACAGUCGUUCAGGUUGUUGGUCUGGAGUUUCUUCCUUUCUUGGAUGUUUGAGCUGAGCAAGAGGCUCGUGAUGAUGGGAGGAGAUGUCCUUUCGUGGACUUCUGCUGCUAGCGCCCAAGGAGGGUUCCCAAUCCUUGUCCAGAAGAAUCUCGAGCUGAUGACUGCAAACUUCGCGUCACUGUCGGCGAUUCCACCUUUCAUGCAAGGGAUGGUGCUCACGAUGCAGUCAUGGAACUUGCCUCUGGUUUACCAUCCUGUUAUGUUCCUCAUUGCAACUAUCAAGACGGCCCUUGCAGCUUGUUUCAUCGUCCUGAAAGGAAUCUUCGCCUUCAUCGUCUGCAGCCUCCAAGACGCCGGAGGGAACCUGAUCUUCAUCGGACUCCAGCUGCAGAAGGUUUUAUUCAUCAUCGCCACUUGGAUGUUGGGGAUCGCCAGCCAGUUCUUCCUCUCGGACUCUAUUUGCCUGUCGAUCUUUCGCAGAGACUUUGUCUUCUACUUCAUCACUACCCUCGUGCUAAGGAGGAUGGCCCUGUUCUAUCAGAAUUAUGAGGACUGGGAUGCAACGCAAUCGCGCAUGCAGCUCUCACAGCCGUUCAAAGGAGUUCCGCGUACGGACUCGAUCACAGGGAAGGGGUUCUGGGAGGUGCUAUCCUCCUCCUCCUGGAUCUUUACUGCCAUCGGUUUCAUCCUCCCCUUCCUCCCUAUCGCGCUCGCUGCUGGCACGGGAGGAGAGUGGCAGCUUGUCGCCUCCAUCUUCGCUCCAUACUUCCUCGGCGUCGGCCUCGAGCUCGGGACAGUCGACCUCCUCCGAGACAAGCUCAAAUCGCCUGCAUGGGUCGCCGUGAUUCUCCCCUACUCCAUCUGGCGCAUCUUGCAGCUCAGCUUUAUCAACACGCACCUCGAGUCUGCCCUGGUCCUCCUCGCUCCCUCUCCUCUCUUCCUCUUCUCUCCUCCUCCUGCCCUCAUCGCCGCGGCUAUCAACACUCCUGCCCUGCUCUCCGGCGUGUGGCUGGCGAGACUUUGCGUGCACAUCUCCGACAUCCCAUCCUUCUUCGCGUGGAAGAGGAAGCCGACGGCUAAGGACCGAGAGAUGGUCUUGAAGUGGCGACAAGAGGUGGAGGAGCUCAAGGAUGAAGUCGAAGGGCUGAAGGAGAAUGGCUGA